CAGAUCCCUCCCACAAUGCACCGCUUACAUCGGCAGAGCAGCUGGGGGGGGGAGAACAACGGAGCUACAACCCAAAUAAAACGGGUGGAUAACGUUAACACCGAAUAACACCAUAGAAAGCGAGUUCGGGGUAGUGUUUUUUUGUUGUUGUUGUUCAUUUAUAAUCUUACAAGACAGUUUAUGCCGGAUGCAGCGGUGCUAUCCACUCCUAGCGGCAGCUGGUGGCGGUGCUUGUUAGCAUGAGCUAGCCGGUUAGCUGGUUUUAACUGACGGAGGGAAGCUGUGUGAAAGGCUGCUGAUAAAACCAGACAGCUCGGAAGAACAAAGAAAGGAAAGAAAAGAUUUCUGUAAAAAAAAAAAAAUAACGUAAAAGUUUAAAUUAGAUUAGGUUAUACUGACAGAGACGGUGGCGUCUAACGCACUGACAAGUUCGCGGUUAGUUUGUUGAGACUAGCUACCUUAACUUAGCUAUUGUUUAGGUGGUCUCGGAGUGACAUUUGUAAAUACUGGCUUUGGCUUAGCUUUAGCUAACAUCACUAGAAAAACACAAUGAGCUCCGAAGAGACCGCAGCGUCCACUAAACACACUCCGGAGGACGAUGGCAUGACGUGGUGGUACCGAUGGCUCUGCAAAAUAGCUGGGGUAUUGGGAGGAAUAUCCUGUGCUGUCUCAGGAGUGUGGAACUGUGUCACUGUGAACCCUUUAAACAUCGCAGCAGGAGUAUGGAUGGUGUUGAAUGCCUUCGUGCUGUUCCUGUGUGAAGUCCCGUUCUGCUGCCAGUUCAUAGAGUUUGCUAAUGCAGUGGCAGCCCGUGCAGACAAACUCAAGCCUUGGCAGAAGGCCUUCUUCUACUGUGGGAUGGCUCUGUUUCCCAUAUUCUUGAGUUUCUCCUUUACAACCUUGUUUGGAAAUGCCAUCGCCUUUGCGACGGGAGUUCUGUACGGCCUCGCGUCUUUAGGCAAAAAGGGAGACGCAGUGACUUAUGCCAGACUGCAGCAUCAGAAACAGGGGGAUGAAGAGAGGAUGACAGGAACCACAAACGGGGGUCCGGAGUGAGACGUCGGCCUUCCCGCCCUCCUUUGCCUCCUCUCUUUUCUUCAGUUCUUACAGAUGAAUUAAUUUCCCUAUCCUCCAUCCAUCCUACCUCUUCCUCCACACCCCUUUCCUCUCUCCAAUUUCUGUCACUACAUAAAAAUGGAACUGGGAUUAUUUAUUUACUUGAACUGCUGCUUUUAUGUUUCCUGAGCUGACAGUAUCCAAACUUACUGACGUUUGAUUCAGAACAUUAUCUGGUACCUGGUGUGAAACUGCGAUCUCUCGUUGUGGCUCCCUUUGAUCAUAACUUUUGUUGUUAUGUUUUUAUGUCUUCUUCUGGGUUAUUGUUUGUUUCCCUUUGUGGCUUGUUGCUGGUGUCAGUCUUAAACCCUGUUUGUGCAGGAUAAAAUGUGAGGCACAUCUUUGUAGCCCAAGAGCCUUUGCAGGAAAUCCGAAUAGAAAUUAAUGUGAUUGUAAAAUGUACAUAAUUGACUUCAGAUUAUUCAGUACGACUUUGAGGCUGUGAUUCAGGGUUGUCUGAGCACUGCGGGUAAACAUGCGCCAAAUGAUGCACAGGUAUCGGACUUUGGCUGUCAUCUUGUUCUCAGCAGCUCACCCGAAUAUUAAUAUCAGCCCCUGAAUGCGUCAUAGGAGGAAACCUGUCCAUUUCUGCAUUAAAGUUAACUGAUAUAGUGCAAACUAGCGCUACAGCCGUACAGUUUAUGAUCAGAGUUUUUUAUUAAGUCGACACAGAGGCAUCAGAUUUGAUGAGAUUUUUAAUGUAUUUGUUGUAUUUACAACUUAUCCAGAUCAAAAGUUACAUGACAGAUCUGCGAACAACCUCCUGCUGUUUGAGUUUUACUUGAUGGGAUUCAUGUUGAGUGUUUGCACACCAGCAGGCUGUUAGCGCUGAAGAUGAUUGGAUUUGUAAUGAUGAUCUUUGUGACAAGCAUAUGAUGGAAAAUUAGGAGUGUUUGAUUUAAUUUUAUAACCUUUCAUGUAUAGACUUAAGCUAAAAUUCAUUGUAAUUCAUCCAAAAAAGUGUUUUGGGUUUUUUUUGCAUGAACACCCACUGCACUCACACACCUCUGAAUUGCAGCCUGGAUGCAUUUUAAACACACAUAGAUGGCGGGAAUGUAUCUGGUUUACCCAAAGAUAAAAGCAGUGUGUCUUUAUUUUUGUCUUACGCUACACUCAUGUUUUGCUCAGUUGGGUUAAGCUCAGAUGUGACAUUCUUGCACUAAGCUCUUGGUAGCAUGAGCUCUGGUACGAAGGGAAUUUGAUUAAAAGCUUUCAGUGCGUGGGAGAGUUCGUUUACGUGCGGUUAGUCGUGAUCAAGUAGCCCGAAGUUGUGGCUGCAGAUUUUUGUAAUGUAAAAGUGAAACAUGUGCUUAUUUGUUUUUUUUAUUUUUAGCCUUCUUCUGUUUCGUAAUCUGUUUCUGAAUGCCUGCUGCGGUUGUUGUGAGUCUUCAUUGAUACACCCGACCAAAACCCAUUAAAAUUUAAUGAGGGGAAGUGUCUUGAUUCAGGGACUAAUUCGGUCUGCAUCCCACGCCGUUAUCAGAGCCGCGGUUUGCCUUUGUCACUCACAUGAGGUAUGCAGUGGUCAGCAGUGUACGUUUGUGUUGUUUGGUUGCCUUCCCUCUGUUGUGUCGUCGAUAAUAAGGAUGCUAAGAUAACAAUUGUUUACACGUACCUC